AUGGCUGGCGCUAUAGGGCGCGCAAGCGCAGGAACGCGCGCGCGCGUAUACAUCGCGAAGCGCGGGAAUGGUGCGCGCAUGGCGCGCAUUGCGUGGGAAAGCUGCGCGUCAUAUAGAGAUAGCUUGAAACCUGCCAUAUCACACCAUGAGACACACGAGUCUCUACAUCGUUACGUUGUGCUCAACAAACUAAAAACAGAGCAAGGAAAGAUCACAGUAUUCAGCACUCUACUCUCGACAGGCUCAAUCGCAGACACGUGGUGGAACAAGUUAGAUAGUUCGCACAAGAACUCAUGGGCAGACGUUAAAACAGCAUUCUCAAACCCGCUGCGACUGAAGGAGGAAGAAGUAGGCAAACAGAUCACAGUCGCAGGCGUUCCUACGUGGGCACACCUCCAAUUCCACAUGAAUUUACAACAGCUCAUUAACGAAGCUGGAGAGCUCACGACUCCGGGGUUAGCAGAAUGGAGCAAGUUUCUAGAUGAGCUGAAGGCGCUGGAUACAAACAAGUUAAGGGAAAAGGCGGAGACGGCAAGGAAGAAGAAAGAGGAAGAGAAGAUGCAGAGUGCUCGCCUCACAAGGCUCGAGACGAUGCAAACGGACGUGAUAGAAGUCAUGCAUUUACAACUACAGCGCACUAACUUGGGGCCCACCACAACCGAACGAAGUACCACGCCACCAUCCAACCUAACACCACGCAUACACUACGUCAACAGAGAGCUCAGGACAAUCCCUCAACAAGCAAGUCGUCAGCACCAACCUCUUACACAGGAAGAACGAGACAUCAUGAGAUGUCACGUCAACGACAUAGCCCACCAUGCAGACACCACCGUAGGUCGAGCAGCGUAUGAUGACCAGCUCAAACAAUGGUUCGUGAAGUAUGGGCAAACCAGAUGA